AUGCGAUCACAACUUUUGCGAUUGUUUAAAAGUAAGCGGAUCGUGCCACAGCACCCGACACAUGCGCAGCGACAGAAUUCAAAUGUUUUGUUCAUAAAGAAUGGUGGAGAGCCAGCGUAUUCUAACGCGGCAACGUACAAAGUAUCGAUUAAAUCGUGUUCAUUGAUCGCGAAUAUUUGUCUGGAAAAGAAUGAAGAAAACUGCGAAAAAAACCUGACUGAAUGCGUCCAACAAGCUGCUGAUCUUCAAGAUACCCAAGAAUGCUGGCGAGCCAUUUCUCAAGCUCGGUUGUCUCUCGAGGACAGCAAAUCCAAUCGUCAACGUGUGCGAAGAGAUGUCGUGGCAGAAGGUACAACAACUACAACCGGUGUGUUGUGGGACUCAACAACAAAACCACCAUCCACACAUCCAACGUCCAGAGAACACCUCGGCAGUCGUGACCCAUUCACGUUCAAUUUCUUU